AUGGACCUCCGGGGCAUGCUCAACGACAACGGCUCGCCCCCGGCGCGCACGCCGAGCAAGCCGCCGCAGCAGCAACCUCCUCCGCACGCGCAGCCGCAGUCUUCUCUCCCUUCGACUCCCAUCCAGACCGCUCUGCAGCCGCCGUAUCGCGACUACGCUCGAUCGCAGACACAGCUCUCGCCUACGCAGGCUCACAUCAAGCACGACUACCCGCCGCAGCAGCUCAGCUCGACGCCAUACGGCUCCCCUCCCCCAUAUCACGCCCCUCCCCCUCACCCUGCUGCUGCCCCAUCUUCCUUCUCACGACCGCCACAGCCGACUCUCCAGCCUGUCCAGCUUGUCCAGCCCGUUCAGCCCGUCCAGCCCGUCCAGCCCGUCCAGCCCGUUCCGUCGGCCGACCCGCGGUCUGCGAGCCUCAGCGGCGUGUCUGCGCACUCUCCUUACCGCCACAGCCCCGCCAGCUCCAUCAGCGCGGGUCCCUACUCUUCUUCAGCUUACCCUCCCCAACAACAAUCGUCGCCGACCAGUCCUGUGCAACGGCACCAAUAUCCCCCGGGACCCGGAGGUGCGACCACCACCUACCACCCACAAGAUCGCUACGCCCAGCCGGCCGGACCCGCCGGUGUGACAAGCCCGUCUGCGUCGGCGCCGUACCUUCAAGGCCCGCCAGGUCAUCCUCCCCAUCCUGCUUCUGCUCACCCUCCUCACCCUCACAUUCCACAGAGCCCUGCUGUGGCCACGCCAGCAUCGGCCCAUCCAUACAAUUAUCGACCUACCUCGGCCCAAUCGACGCCGACGCCGACUUCUGCGCAUAGCCAGCCCGCCCAGUACGGUCUGCCGCCAGGCCCGCCUUACGCCCAGGGCAGCCCCGUCGCCGCGUCGCGUCACCUUCCCCAGCCGGAUCCACAGCAGUCCCGCCAACCCGUACCCCAGCCCGCCCAACAACAAGCUCAACCGUCACCGAACCCGACCCCCUCAUCGACCGUUCCCCUGUCCGGUCGCCCGGCCCAACCGGUUAGUUACGCACAGCCAUCAAGCCCAUACCAGCAGCGUCUGCCGGCUCCCAGCUUCCAUUCUACAUCGCAAGCUUCACCGCCGCCGCCGCCGCCGCCGCCGCCGCCGCCACCGCCCCCGGUGCUACCCAGGCCGCCGAGUACCCAGAACCUGAGCGAGCCACAUAGCCAAAGUCGAGAAAGUCGAGAGUCGGUCGGCCCGGGCCCGCGCAGCAGCGACAAGGAACGCAGCGUCAGCGUUAGUCCCAAGACGCGAGUCUCGAGUCUGCCCAAUAGUUCGGGUCGUCCGAGCUUGUCAGUCGUCUCGGAUCUCGAUCCGCGUGCUCACCAGCAGCCACAGUCACAGCCUCAGCCUCAGCCUCAGCCAGCCCAGUCGGCUCAAUCAAUGCCCACAAUGGCUGAUCGAGGCGCCAAGAGAAAGUUGGAGGACCGCGAGCUGCGUCCCGAGGAGCUAGAAAAACGCGAGUCGCGUCCGGCGCCCUUUGAGAGCCCCAAUGGCCGUGGACCCUACGCCAAUUCUGCUUCUGCACAGCAGCAGCAGCAGCAGCAGCAACAACAACAACAACAACAACAACAACAACAACAGCAGCAGCAGCAGCAGCAGUCACAACAGUCCUCCUCUGAUCAGCCUAAGCCCGAGAAGAAACGCACUAUCUACAGGACUCCUCCCCCGUGGGCCCAGUCCAUCAAUGGCCGAACACCCAACCACCCGAACCGAGUCCUCUACCGCCCCGUCGUCGACCGAAAGCCCCUUCCCAACGGCAAGCUCGACAACCACGUAAUGGCUCGUCCCACCGACCCCCAUCGCAGCCGGCACACAUCGCCCGAAGAAAAGAAGCCCGCUCCCGCAGCUCCUUCCGCUCCCCCUUCGGAAGCAGCUGCGCCCGCCUGGGGCCCCCUCGGCCCAUGGGAGCCCUCCAUCACCAACACCGUCCCACAAGACGGCUUCUCCAAGACUAUCGCCGACUUCCUCUUCCAACACGUCGUCAUGAACCCGGACAUGGGCGAGAUCCAGUCGCGUGGAGUCAAGUUCGAGAUUGAAGCCAAGCUCGGCUGCUUGAUCGACAAGGAAUCGAACCAGCGCGUCUUCCUUCCCGUCUUGUCCGAGACCAUCCUCCAAGACACGGGUAACUGGCUCGCAUUCAAAUCCUCCAUGACCGAAGCCCAACACAAACAAUUCAACGAGUUCCUCAACUACCACGUGCAACAAACCCAUCCCGCUAACCGCGCCGCGCAUGCUUCCCUGCCUCGCCCCCGUCUGCCCAUCGACUACCUCCACCGUCGCGAAAUCGACCGCUUCAUCGACAUCCCCCCGCAAGUGCGGGACUCCGUCUUACCGGUGUGUGUGGCAAAACCCCUCGCGCAGCGCGGCCACGGCGCGAGACUGCGUGUCACGCACGACCAGAAGACGAAACAAGUCCUGGCGAAGAUUGUCAAAGCCCGGAUUGCUGAUAUCUCCCUCCACUUCCCGGACUUACCGCUUGACUGCAGGAUUAGCGUUAACUUGGAGAUGGACUGGCCUGGUGGGGGGGACGCGCCGAGCGUGGAGGAGUUGGAGAGGAUGGCUGCCCAGAUGGGGAGACCCAGCCAUCCGGCACGGUCGAAAGAUCGGUUGAGUUAUAGGCAUGGGUGUUAUCAGAUUGAUUUGACGCAAGUGGGGUGGUGGUCGCGGGGCCGGGGGUUCCCAGCGCCAAGAGAAAGAGCACGAACUUGA